CGCCGAGACACGGACGUGUUUGGAACGGCCAAGUGGGCGGAGCAUCGAUGGAGUCGCCGAGCGUCGUCGCGGCCGUCGUGACCCUGCUCUCAACGACAGAGGGCCGGACCAAGGUCUACCGCUUCCUCCAGUACUCGGCCAAGUCGGUGCGCAUCUCGGUGUACCCAAAGGAUAUUGAUGCUCCGGUCGAGCCCUGUGGCCUGCGCUGGCUGCGCACGAUCGAGUCGUUGACCGCGUCGGCGCGCAAGGCCAACCGCCUUUUCCGGUUCUUGGACAUGUACGUCUUGUUCCCGACGCUGCGCGACCGCGAUAGCACAGUGCGCCGGCUGCGGCAGGCGCGCGUGCUCACGUUCUUCUUCAUGUUCCUCUUUGAGAACCUCUCCAUCUUUUUCCCGCAGCCAAUAGCGAUAAAGGGCGUGCCCAUGGCGCUGCACCUCUCGCGGUACAGCCACGCAAUGUGGCUCGUCUCGAUUCUCCUCGGGGUCGUGCUGGACCACAAGCUCCAGCGCGGGUCCGCGUCCACGACGCUCAAGCACCUCCUCGAGCUUCCGAUUGCGACCAUCCUCGCGCUGCGCCUCCGUGUAAGCGAUGCCACCAUGUGCAGCCUCGGCCUCUCGAGCUCCGUCUUGAGCCUCGCACUGCACUCGCAUCGCACGAGCGUCGGGCGCCAUGUUAAGGGCUGCGACCGCCAAGUCGAGUAGUUGUCAUCCGAGCCUUGGGGUCUUGCGUCAUUUCUCUGCGACCAUAUUAAUUUAAUUCGCUGUCUGCUCCUGCAA